AUGACGGAAAAAACAGCAACAGAGGCAUCCAACGAUUUCUUUUUAGAGUUUAGAACAAGACGAAAAGCUAUUGAUGACGAGAUUUCGCAAUCUGCAGAUUUGCAUAAAAACAAUCUAACGCAACAUUUUACCAGUAUUCUAAAGCAAAUAAAUGAUCUCGAGAAAGAUUUAACAAAAGCAACAGAAUAUAUACCCUCUUACGAUGAACGGCAAUUCUCGCUGCAAUUGAAAGAAUUGAGUGAUAGAUUAGAAACAACCAAAACAGCACUGACACCAAAACCAAAGUUUUCGUUCAAAUCGCGUAAAAAAAUGACGACUGGGGAUAACGACAAGACGACAACUACAGUCUCUAUACCAUCAAAAACAAUGGUACCUGAAGGGGAUCAAGUUUUGACAGAUGCAACCGUAUUUAUUAAAGAUAAAGCAGAGCAAGUCAUAUGUAUAAAGGACCACUUACAAAGAGAUAAAGAACGAAAAAGUAUGGAUAUUCUUUUAUCUGGUCUCAACAACUGUAUUAUUGAUUUGGAAGACGAAUUGGUGCAGAUAUCAGCCAUCCAUGUCAAAAACCUACAUCGGUGUCUGCUGUAUUGUGGCAAUAUUCAAGGUUCAAUACUUAUUUACGGUUUAACAGAUUCAAUAGUGUAUGCAGGCUGUCAUCAGUUGCGAAUCCAUGAAGCUCACAAAGUGGAUAUGGUACUGCAUGUCACUAGUCGUCCGAUUAUAGAGGAUUCAGAUGGAAUUCAAGUAGGCUGUUGGAAUUUAGAGACGAAUCAACAAAAUCUGUAUGAUAAAGUAGAAGACUUUAAUUGGUUGAAAAAGCAGGCAUCUCCAAAUUGGCGAUUGAUGGAUUGUGAUAGACGGAAACUUUUAGCUGAUUUAAACGAAACAAAGCAUGACAAGGAAAAGCUGUUGACGGUGUUACAGGAGUUAUUACCUAAAGGCUCAACAGGAGAGGUACAUAGUCCAUGA